AUGUCAAACGACGGCUCAAAAAUAUUGAAUUAUACCCCAGUGUCUAAAAUAGAUGAAAUAGUUGAAAUCUCAAGAAAUUUCUUCUUUGAGAAACAAUUGAAAUUGUCCCACGAAAAUAACCCAAGGAAAAAAGAUCUAGAAUUCAGGCAGUUGCAGUUGAAAAAACUCUAUUAUGCCGUCAAAGAUCAUGAGGAAGAACUGAUCGAUGCUAUGUACAAGGACUUUCAUCGGAACAAAAUUGAAUCGGUUCUGAAUGAAACGACCAAACUUAUGAACGAUAUACUUCACCUAAUUGAGAUUUUACCAAAAUUGAUCAAACCUCGGAGAGUAUCUGAUUCUUCUCCUCCAUUUAUGUUUGGUAAAACAAUCGUGGAGAAAAUAUCAAGGGGCAGUGUCUUGAUUAUUGCUCCUUUCAAUUUUCCCCUACUUUUAGCAUUUGCCCCAUUGGCAGCAGCUCUUGCUGCAGGUAACACCAUUGUUCUGAAGCCAAGUGAACUAACACCACACACUGCUGUAGUUAUGGAAAAUUUGUUAACCACAGCUGGUUUCCCUGAUGGAUUGAUUCAAGUAGUUCAGGGAGCUAUAGAUGAAACUACAAGACUACUAGAUUGUGGAAAAUUUGACCUAAUAUUCUACACAGGUUCUCCCCGUGUCGGAUCAAUAGUUGCUGAGAAAGCAGCAAAAAGUCUAACACCUUGUGUACUUGAACUUGGUGGUAAAUCACCUACCUUUAUUACAGAAAAUUUCAAAGCAAGUAACAUAAAAAUUGCUUUGAAAAGGAUUUUUUUUGGUGCUUUCGGAAAUUCUGGCCAGAUUUGUGUUUCACCAGAUUAUUUGUUAGUACAUAAAUCUAUCUAUCCAAAAGUCAUUAAAGAGUGUGAAUCAGUACUAAAUGAAUUUUAUCCAAGCUUUGAUGAACAAACAGAUUUCACUCGUAUGAUUCAUGAGCCUGCUUACAAAAAGGCCGUUGCAAGUAUAAACUCAACUAACGGCUCCAAGAUUGUGCCUUCAAAAAUUUCUAUCAAUUCAGAUACUGAGGAUCUAUGCCUUGUACCACCAACCAUAGUUUAUAACAUUGGUUGGGAUGAUCCUUUGAUGAAACAGGAAAACUUUGCUCCUGUAUUGCCCAUCAUUGAGUACGAGGAUCUUGAUGAGACCAUUAACAAGAUAAUAGAAGAACAUGACACUCCAUUGGUGCAAUACAUAUUCUCUGAUAGCCAAACUGAAAUAAAUCGUAUCUUGACGCGCUUAAGAUCUGGUGACUGUGUUGUCGGUGAUACAGUGAUUCAUGUAGGAAUUACCGACGCUCCAUUUGGAGGGAUCGGUACUUCAGGUUAUGGUAACUAUGGUGGAUAUUAUGGAUUCAAUACCUUUAGUCAUGAAAGAACAAUUUUUAAACAACCAUAUUGGAAUGAUUUUACCCUUUUUAUGAGAUACCCUCCAAAUAGCGCACAAAAGGAAAAGCUCGUCCGUUUUGCGAUGGAAAGAAAACCUUGGUUUGACAGAAAUGGCAAUAACAAGUGGGGGUUACGCCAAUAUUUUUCAUUAUCUGCCGCCGUUAUUUUAAUUAGUACCAUUUACGCUCAUUGUUCUUCCUGA